GUCAGUGAGACUUAAUGUGGGUGUUGAAGGUUGUACGAUGCUUUAAAGUUCACACAGUCACACUUCUGUCCAUUGGCAGGUAGUCAGUUCAGCCACUUCCUCUGAUCACGGAAAGAAAAGAGUGAGGCAAGAAGAACAGGAGAUAAAGACAGAAAGAAAGAAAGAAAAGCUUGUUUCUACAGAAAAGACAGAAAGAGAGACGAGGAGGGAGAGUCAUGUACACACUGACGACAGGUGUAUUUGUGCUGUUUGUGCUCCUGGUGCCAGUUUCUUCUAAAGGGCUUUUUUUCAGUGAGCCAGUCAUCUGCUACUAUUUGGACGGGGUCCUGGUUCUUUACUGCAUCUUUGCCACAGGGCUCUUCUUCAGAGAAAAGUUUUACAUCCCUCCUGUGGCUAGAGUAGCUGAAGAUGGAGGCAUUUACCAAGAGCUUGAGAGAGUAAAGGAUGCUGAUCCUUACGAAAUACUUGAACCAUCAAAAUCAAAAAAAAAAGCUGGCAAGAUAAAGAAACCUGAGUCGACCAAAGCUGAGGAGAACGGUUCGGAUCCACCUCUGUCUCCCCACUAA